UUCACAGUCGAAUAUUAAAUUUGAAGUAGUGCUGUGUUUCACCUGUGUCAGAAAGAUAUUUCAUCUUUAGUUUUGCAUAUUUAUCAGUCUCAUAUCGUGAGGGUAUUAACCAAAGCUACAAGCUAGCUGUCAAACUUGACAGAGACAACAGCAUGUCUGCUUUACCUUUAUCCUGUUGGACUAAACUCCAGCUGAGACCACAGAACAUAAGGGCACUUCUACAAAAGAGUGCCUGCAUCUGUCCAAACCAAGACUCCAGGCGCCACAGCUCUGGACAGCAGAGAAGGAGGGUUGUCAUUACAGGCAUAGGGUUGGUGUGUCCUCUGGGUACAGGGACUGCUCUGCCCUGGGACCAUCUGAUCAAAGCUCAGAGUGGGAUUGUUGCUCUCGACCCAGAGGAGUACAAGACUGUUCCCUGUAAAGUGGCCGCUCUGGUAACCAGAGGGACCGAAGAGGGUCAGUUUAAUGAGGAAAGGUUUGCCUCUCGAGGCGAGAUCAACAGCAUGUCACCAGCCACCGUGAUGGCCCUUGGAGCUGCUCAGCUCGCUCUGGAGGACUCAGGGUGGUACCCCAAAGCCCCAGAGGAACAGUUCAGUACAGGGGUGGCUGUUGGCAUGGGCAUGGUGUCUCUAGAUGAGAUUGCUCGCACCUCUGCUGCCUUCCAAGAAAAGGGCUACAACAAAGUGAGUCCCUUCUUUGUGCCUCGCAUCCUUGUCAACAUGGCUGCCGGGCACAUAAGCAUCAAACACAAACUGAAGGGUCCCAAUCAUGCUGUGUCCACGGCGUGCACCACAGGUGCACAUGCCAUAGGCGAUGCUGCCAGGUUCAUUGCCCACGGCGAUGCAGUUGCUAUGGUUACAGGGGGAACAGAAUCCUGUGUAGGGCCUCUGUCCGUAGCUGGGUUUGCCAGGGCACGUGCCCUCGCCACCAAAUGGAAUGACAACCCUGUGCUGGCGUCAAGACCUUUUCACCCAGAGAGAGAGGGCUUUGUGAUGGGCGAAGGAGCCGCGGUGCUGUUGUUAGAGGAGCUGGACCAUGCAAUGAAGAGAGGAGCCAGAAUCUACGCAGAGGUCCUGGGUUAUGGACUGUCAGGGGACGCCAGCCACAUCACUGCACCCACUGCAGAUGGGGAUGGAGCAUUCAGGUGCAUGUCUGCAGCCCUCAGAGAUGCUGGCGUCUCACCGGCAGAUGUCACAUAUGUGAAUGCUCACGCCACAUCCACGCCGUUGGGUGAUGCGGCUGAAAACGCAGCCAUCAAAAGGCUCUUCAAGCAAAGCACCGAGAGCCUGGCUGUCUCCUCCACCAAGGGAGCCACAGGACAUCUGCUUGGGGCUGCAGGGGCCCUGGAGGCGGCGUUCACCGCUCUGGCCUGCUACCAUGGGGUCCUGCCCCCGACUCUCAACUUGGACCGCACCGAGCCACAGUUUGACCUGAAUUAUGUUCCCUGCACAGCGCAGCCAUGGCAGACUCAGGGCCGACGAGUGGCCCUCACAAACUCAUUUGGAUUUGGUGGUACCAAUGCUUCACUGUGUCUUGCCAGCGUCUGACAACACACAGACACUCAUUCUUGACUUUGUUUUUAGAAACACAUCUGAUGCUUUACUUUACCUCUGGUAUGAUAGAGUUUAUCUGACUGAAUAUUCAUCAAUAGAAUUGAUCAGUCCUGCUACUGAUGGUUUGUGGAAAAUUCUUAUGAACUGAUAAAUAAUGUGAAUUUAGAGAAGAUUCCAUAAAAGUCCGGAUUCUUUUAUUUAUCCCAAAAUUUCAGUGAAACUCUAAAGA